AUGACGUCGAAGUCUGAAAACAAAGCGAGCGAAGGCAUCUACUAUGGAAACUUCGCCGGAAAGUUUGAAGACAGCGUGGCAUCGCAUGAUGUUGCCGGUAAUGUCUACAUCAUGGAUAAAAAGACUCUCUUCGUCAAAGGUUUCGUUUACGACGGACAAGCACCGGGGGCCGUCAUGUGGGUGGGAACCUCUGGAACCAGACCAUCGGGAAACGGAGUAGCUUUGUCAAUCAGCCCAGGGGCCGCCGUUGAGCCACUGGAAAAAUUUGACGGCACGCGGGAUCUUACACUCUCGCUACCAGGGAACCUUGAAGCAGGACAGCUUGCCUGGCUGUCUGUGUGGUGCGAUCUAUUCACCGUUGACUUUGGACAUGUUUUGUUAGCAAACAUGUUAGUCCCUGAACCAGUGACUAUUAGUGGAUUUGCCUUUGGGGCGCAUAACAUUAUGUCCGGACCAGUGACUCUAAAGAAUGAGAAAACACUAAUUAUUGAGGACUUCUCAUAUGACGGGAAUGGACCAGGUGCAUAUUUUACCGUCGGAGUUGGCAGGCCAUCUGUCCGCGGUUACAAAGUUCCUGAUGAAAACGGCAGUGACAAGGCACUGGACCAGCCGUAUGAAGGCACAACGAUAGAGCUGACAUUACCCGAUGGCGUCACAUUCCAUGACGUUGAGUACUUCAGUAUAUAUUGCUUUCCGUUUCGAGCAGAUUUUGGACACUUCGCUAUCCCGGAAAUUCCCCGCGGCAAUUUACCGUCUUCUCUUGCGACGCCAAAGCCAAAGAAGAGUUCUUCUGGGGUGAACUGCGAGACGAUGCUACCAGAUGUCUUCAAUGUUGCCUGGCUAACUCGACCAGACGCCAUUCAUAUGAUAUUCACUGGCAGAAUUGAGCCGGGUACGUACAUGGCUUUUGGUGUGAGUGGUUCACAGCAUGCGACUAGCAUGUUAAAUGCGGACGCCACGGUGGCUUGGAUAGACACACAGUCGAAUCUACCACGUGCAGAAGAUUACUUCCUCAGGGACUAUGCUCAGUGCACGGGGGUGUCAGGAGCAUGUCCAGAUACACAGUUUGGCGGAACGAAUGACGUGAUAGUACAAGGAUUCAAGAUUGCAAACGGAACCACGGGGAUAUAUGUCAUCAGGAAGCUCUUAUCAGAAACAGGUGAUAAUAAGCACGACAAGGCCCAUACUGGAGUGAAGAAUAUCGUGUGGGCCAUUGGACCAAUCAACAACGAUGGCAUUGUUUCCAAGCACUCACAUACUAUACAAGGUAUCGUGAGACUGGAUUUCGAAAGAACUCCGGUAAUCAACUGUAACGAGCUACCGCAGACAACUGACGAACCUAAACAGGAGGUGCAGGUGUGGCCACCUCGAAUACUUUCCGGCAUACCGACGAGACAGUUCCAUUUUACGAUGGGACCAUCCGGGGGGAAACCGGGAUACACAGGCACUACAGGCCAGGUAUCCUGGGGCAUUGCUUACUGGGUGAAUGGUCUACUGAUUCCCAAGCUGGUGCUGAAGAGAGGCGAGACAUACAUCUUCAUCAUAGAGACUGGCAACAACCCGUCGCACACAGCCAGCUACCACCCUGUCUACAUCACCAGCGACCCUAUCGGCGGAUUCAUACAAAACACCGAGCAGGAAAGACAGUCUCUUCUCGGCGGAGUUUAUUACGGGAUUGAUGGCAAUCAAAUGCCUUCAGAAGGAGCGACCGGAUCCUUUUGCGAAUAUACUCCCAUUGAUACCAGCCUGAGAGCGGAGGAUACUGCGAGCUUUGAGGAGUACAAGGCUAAUCAGUUACUGCAGUGCGAAGAGCCUAGAGUUCCAGGCGUAUUCCAGUGGAGACCCGACGCCAGGACGCCACAAACUCUCUACUACCAGUGCUUCCAGCAUCGGUAUCUCGGCUGGAAGAUAGAGAUCUCUGAUGAAUAACAACCCACGAAUGAAAUCACUGUAACCUACAUCUACCAUCGCCGACAGCAGCAUAAGCAGCAGCAUAAGUAGCAGCAGCAGCAGAAGCAACAGCAGCAUCAGCAACAUAAGCAGCAGCAGAAGCGGCAUCAGUGGCAGCAGCAGCAUUAUCAACAGCAGUAGCAGAAAGAUCAGGGCCGUAAGCUGAAGAUAAAUUCCUACGGAUGGGGCAAAAUCCUCAUUUGCCAUACAAGAAAUAAUUCGCAUGUCGGGCAGGGUUGGGCCGAAGGAAUAAUUGUGUUUUUGUAACUGUUUUUGUAAAAUUGUAAUUUUUGUUCCAUUAUUUAUAACAUUUAUUUUCGGGUUACUCACAAUUACUACCGAAGCUUAUCUUUUUAGGUUUCCUCCAAAACCUAGGGGGCAGCUACGCCCACUUGUCCCCAGAAGCUACGGUUCUGCAUACAGACAAACAUUUCUCUCUGACACACGUGCACGGUCUCUAAGACGAGAGAUUCUUUAUUCACAAGACACGAGUAACAUGUACAACA